AUGUCCCUCCCCAAACUGGCUUCAAUCUACCCAUGGGUCUCCCCCCCAUUCAUCGUCGGCGCUCCUAUGCGCGUCAUGGCCGGCCCUGCUCUAGCCGUGGCCGUGACUCGUGCCGGGGGAUUAGGAUUCAUUGGCCCUAGCAUCAAAACGAAAGACAUGGUCGCUGAUCUGGAAGAAGCCACCACCCUAGUCCAUGCCUCUCCCUCAAUACCCUCCUUACCGUCAUCGUCCCUCCCCGUAGGCGUGAGCUUUCAACUCUGGGGCGAUGAUCUCCAGAUUGCCAGCGCCGCCAUCAAGCAAUUCCAACCGUGCGCCGCAUGGCUAUUUGCCCCGCGACACGGCCAAACAGAUAUCGACACCUGGACUCGACGCAUCCGCGACGUGGCCCCGCGAACGCAGAUCUGGGUGCAGGUCGGAACGCUGCUCGAAGUGCAGAGUCUCACGCAGAGCGUCGAACGACCGGACGUGAUUGUGAUCCAAGGCUCCGAAGCAGGCGGACACGGCCGUGCUACCGACGGCAUGGGUCUCAUGACGCUGCUGCCCGAGGUCGCGGACCUGGUCGCAUCCUCGGGGAUCCCGCUGUUCGCGGCGGGAGGGAUCGUGGAUGGACGAGGGGCCGCGGCGGCGCUUUGUCUCGGUGCUGUCGGGGUCGCGAUUGGGACGCGAUUCCUGGCAUCUAUGGAGGCGCGCAUCAGCGCGGGAUAUCAGCAGGAGGUGGUGCGGGCGAACAAUGGCGCCGUGUCGACGACAAGGACGUUGUUGUAUAAUCAUCUGCGAGGGACAUAUGGCUGGCCGGAAGGUUAUAGUCCGCGGACGAUUAUCAAUCGGUCGUUUGAGGAGCAUCAGAAGGGGAGACCGUUCGAGGAGCUGAAAGAGUUGCAUGAUCGGGCGCUUCAGGAUGGAGAUGCUGGUUGGGGACCGCAGGGGAGAUUGGCGACUUAUGCGGGAGCAGGUGUGGGAUUAAUCCAUGAGGUGCAGGAUGCGGCUGAUAUCGUGAGAGAUAUUCGAGAGGGAGUGCAGAGACUGGUCAGGUAG